CCCUGUCUACCAAGGAGGCUGUUAGGAGACAGUUUCUCCUUGCCUCUUGUGGUUCUAGUGAGGUCUGAAGCUUUACCCCUCCCAAUUCAGAGCUUCCAACGGCUUCACUUCAGCAUGAAAUUAGCUCCUCGGCGACAGGGUGUCCUGCCCUCCGUGGCGCGGUCAUCUCGUCCCUUUUGUUUUGGUGUUGCUCGGCGCAAGGGACAUGAGCUGGAUUCUGUGGCUAUCCUUGCUCUCGCUGUCUAUGCUUCCGCGGGCAGACACGCCAGAGGAGGAGGCCGGGGAAUGGCCGCGGUGUGGCAGCAAGUCUUAGCAGUGGACGCGAGGUACAACGCGUACCGCACACCAACGUUUCCACAGUUUCGGACCCAGUAUAUUCGCCGGCGCAGCCAGCUGCUGCGGGAGAAUGCCAAGGCUGGGCACCCCCCAGCACUGCGUCGGCAGUACCUGAGGCUUCGAGGGCAGCUGUUGGGCCAGCGCUACGGGCCCCUCUCCGAGCCAGGCAGUGCUCGCGCCUAUAGCAACAGCAUCGUCCGCAGCAGUCGCACUACCCUUGACCGCAUGGAGGACUUCGAGGAUGAUCCUCGGGCCCUGGGGACCCGUGGGCACCUCCGUUCUGUUAGCCGCGGUUCCUACCAGUUGCAGGCACAGAUGAACCGUGCUGUCUACGAGGACAGGCCCCCUGGCAGUGUGGUGCCCACAUCGGCGGCAGAGGCAAGUCGGGCCAUGGCCGGAGACACAUCGCUGAGUGAGAACUAUGCCUUUGCGGGCAUGUACCAUGUUUUCGAUCAGCACGUGGAUGAGGCAGUCCCAAGGGUGCGCUUCGCCAAUGAUGACCGGCACCGCCUGGCCUGCUGCUCCCUCGAUGGCAGCAUCUCCCUGUGCCAGCUGGUGCCCGCCCCACCCACCGUGCUCCGCGUGCUGCGGGGCCACACCCGCGGCGUCUCUGACUUCGCCUGGUCCCUCUCCAAUGACAUCCUCGUGUCCACCUCACUCGAUGCCACCAUGCGCAUCUGGGCCUCUGAGGACGGCCGCUGCAUCCGGGAGAUCCCUGACCCUGAUGGCGCUGAACUGCUCUGCUGCACCUUCCAGCCCGUCAACAACAACCUCACUGUGGUGGGGAAUGCCAAGCACAAUGUGCACGUCAUGAACAUCUCCACAGGCAAGAAAGUAAAGGGCGGCUCCAGCAAGCUGACAGGCCGUGUCCUUGCUUUGUCCUUUGAUGCUCCUGGCCGGCUGCUCUGGGCAGGCGAUGACCGUGGCAGUGUCUUCUCCUUCCUCUUCGACAUGGCCACAGGGAAGCUGACCAAAGCCAAGCGUCUGGUGGUGCAUGACGGUAGCCCCGUGACCAGCAUCUCAGCCCGCUCCUGGGUCAGCCGCGAGGCCCGAGACCCCUCGCUGCUCAUCAACGCUUGUCUCAACAAGCUGCUGCUCUACAGGGUAGUGGACAACGAAGGGACCCUACAGCUGAAGAGAAGCUUCCCCAUCGAGCAGAGCUCACACCCCGUGCGCAGCAUCUUUUGUCCCCUCAUGUCCUUCCGCCAGGGGGCCUGCGUGGUGACGGGCAGUGAGGACAUGUGCGUGCACUUCUUUGAUGUGGAGCGGGCGGCCAAGGCUGCUGUCAACAAGCUGCAGGGCCACAGUGCGCCCGUGCUUGAUGUCAGCUUCAACUGCGACGAGAGUCUGCUGGCCUCCAGCGACGCCAGCGGCAUGGUCAUCGUCUGGAGGCGGGAGCAGAAGUAAGGUCCUGCCAGUCUGCCGCUGUCCACCAUCCCAUCCCCGCCUGCCCCAGCCUUGUGUUGUAAAUAAAGUUUCUGUGGUCGUGCGGAGGGCCGGCUCCCAGGUCUGCUGGGGGGGGGAAGUGGGCAGCCCCAGGAACGAGGUG